AUGACUACCAACGCUCGCCAGAACGGCUAUGCCGCACCCACAGGUGGCUACAAGGGUCAGCACAUGCUCAAUGCAUACAACGGCCAGGGUCAUGGAGCUCAGUACCUUCCUCGAGGUCUGCCCAUGUCUCCCAAUGGUGAUGCUGGUUUGCAAGGUCUGACGAACACCAUGGCAGCGCUCAACAUGCAUGCCUCUUACGGCUCGUCCGCCAACCACAAGUCUGCUGGGUCUGGUAUGUCUGCCAACUCUUCUGACUACGGCAACAUCCCGAUGUCACAAGGCCAGGGUCUGUGGAUCCCCAACCAGCACGCCCUCGGCUCCAUGUACCAGGUCCUUCCCGGUGGGCAGCAGCAAGGUGCUAUGGCGCACUCCCCCGGCAUGUACAACCACAACGGUACCUUUGAUCCACAGACCGCAUACCAGUACGGCCAAGCUGUUGUUGGACACAGCCCCAUGGCACCUGGCUGGGCCUCCCGUAUGUCGUCUGGGGACAUGCCGUCGCUCAUGACUCCUCGACGCGACUCUUUGUCUUCCAACGAGAACGACAUCCCUGGCACACCUUUUGGCAGCGGUGGCAUGUACCGUUAUGGAGCCGGCGCCACCAUCAUGGACCGCUCACCAAGCGCCGUCUACACGAGCAGUGCAACUCCCUCGCCCUCGCAGUUGACCCACCCAUACCAGCUGAUGGCUCCCGUCCAGAAGCAACAGGCCAUGCCCACUCUUCCACCUCAUCUGCUGGCUUUGGUACACCAAGAGCCUCCUAUUCCACGCGCUAUCCCUGCUCCCAGCUCUCCCCACAAGCCACUCGACCGCAGCCUCGAGAACAAGACUGGUGAGACGAACGUCUACAUUCGAGGCCUCCUACCAGAGACGACCGACGAGAUGCUGCAUGGCUGGGGCAGGCGCUUCGGCGACAUCCAGAGCUCCAAGUCGAUCAUCGAUCUCAAGACUAAUCUAUGCAAAGGCUUUGGUUUCAUCAAGUAUCACAACUUCGAGGAUGCCGAGGACUGCAUUCGUGGCUUCCACUACCUAGGCUAUGAAGUCAGCUUCGCCCGAGAAUCAUUCUACUCCAAGCUCAAGAAGUUCUCCGACGACGGCAACACCAACCUUUACGUAUCCAACAUACCCAAGAAUAUGAAUGAGCAUGAACUCGCGUCUAUCUUCGCUCCUCACAAGGUCUGCUCGAGCAGGAUCCUUCGUGACCCCACCGGCACUGGCCGUGGUGUUGGCUUUGCUCGGUUCGAGAGUCGCGAUAUUUGCGACGAGGUCAUUAAGAAGUUCAACAACACUCCUGUCUCCAAGCCCAAUGGCGAGGAGCACCUCAUCCAGAUCCGCUUCUCCGAUACACACGAGCAGAAGAUGCUCAAGCAACAGACAGCAGCCGGCCGCGUCUUCCGUGCCGCUGAGUACGAGGUUGGUGUCGCUCAAGCUAGGGCGUUGGGCACACCUGACCGUUACGACACUGUCUCCCCAGUAUCGCACAGCGCCGGAAGCGAGUUCGAGAUGUUCAUGCAGCGUGGUGCUUAUCGUCAGCCUUGGGCACCUGCCAUCCCAUCCACGCUGGGUACUUCUCGCCCCGCCAUGUACCAGAUGUCCCAGCCCGGUGCCGUCAAGAGCGAUGACGGCGUUUCAGAGCAUGGCAUCGACAUCAAGACCAACCCAGCUACACCUGUUAAGGCCGACAACAAGGCCGACUCACCAGCUCGCCGAGACGAGUGA